AGCUGAGGAGCAAUACUAUGCAUAUGAGAAUCAAGGGCAAUUACUACCAUUGAUGGUCCACAGAGCCUAACUCAAGUUUUAUGACGCCGAUUAAUUGCUAUCUUUCUACCUCAAUUCUGAAUGCAGUGGAACUGGUAAUUGUUGGACGGCACAGCUAUGCUUCUUUCUUAUGUCUUAAAACCGGCUUGACAGCAAAAUGAGUGCUUAUGCCGCUUCCUUUCGGACAUAUCAAACUGUUGUUCAGUUAUCCAGUCUGCUCGAACAUGAAGGCCCAAAAAUAGUGUCCUUUGUGAAAUCUAGGCCACCGGAGAACAUUGACACGCUGGGUCCGAGAGAGAAGAAGGCAGCUAAGGAGCUCUUGCGCAAUCAUCUUCAGUAUACACUAUGGAACACAGGCCCAAAAGAAUCACCGGAUCUGAAUCAUACAUUCGGCUAUCAAGACACAGUUUCUGGCCAAGGUCUUGGGCUGAUCGGGACAGUCUUCGAUGAUGGUGAACCACACAUCCAAAGGCCACUCGAUGAUCUGACUAGCGAAGACGCUUGGAAGACGGUCGUUGGACAAGAUGAUGAUGGAAGCCCCCGCAUACCCUGCCUCCUGAGGUAUUCACAGAGUGGUUUCAAAAGACAAGGAAACAUCCAAAGAGCAAAGUUGAAGUUUUUGGAUCGGGAAGCUGAAAUUCUGGAAGAGCGCAAUCUACAGGAAAGGUGUGGUACAUAG